UUUGACGUUGGAGACGCCAACAUGGCGAGCCGGAGAGGUAAUGCGAAGACUCGGGAACAGUCUGACAAAUAUUCUGUGUUGCUUCCAACCUACAAUGAACGAGAAAACCUACCAUUGAUUAUAUGGUUGCUGGUUAAAUACUUUGGCGAGAGUGGCUACAACUAUGAGAUCAUUGUCAUUGAUGAUGGCAGUCCAGACGGAACACUACAGAUCGCCGAGCAGCUGCAGAAGAUCUACGGAGCUGACAAAAUUCUCUUGAGACCGAGAGCACAAAAACUUGGUUUGGGAACAGCGUACAUCCACGGAAUUAAGCAUGCUACAGGAAACUUUGUUAUCAUUAUGGAUGCAGAUCUCUCACAUCAUCCCAAGUUUAUCCCACAAUUCAUCAAAAAACAGAAAGAGGGUGGAUAUGACCUGGUGUCUGGCACAAGGUACAGUGGAGAUGGUGGUGUGUAUGGAUGGGAUCUGCGUAGGAAGCUAAUCAGUCGAGGAGCAAACUUUAUCACACAAGUGCUACUCAGACCUGGAGCAUCUGAUCUCACAGGAAGUUUUAGGCUCUAUAAAAAGGAAGUUCUUGAAAAGCUGGUAGAGCAGUGUGUGUCAAAAGGCUAUGUUUUCCAGAUGGAGAUGAUUGUCCGUGCUAGACAACUGGGCUAUACAAUUGGGGAGGUUCCUAUUUCAUUUGUGGACCGUGUUUAUGGGGAAUCCAAAUUGGGAGGGAACGAAAUUGUCUCCUUCCUGAAAGGAUUGCUCACUCUUUUUGCCACAACAUGAACUUUGACCUAUUUUGGUUCUGUUUAUUGAUGUAUGAUCAUUGCUUCUAAUUGUUGCAAUGCAGUUGGCAUUCUUGUUCUUUUAAUAAGUUGUUUAAAUAAUGACAAAUUAAUUGUCCCAUCAUUCUUACAUUCUGGUGAUUGCAUACAAGGCUGCAGACAAAUGGCAGAUGCUUUUGUGUAGAUCAAUAUGCUUUGACCACGUAAUAUUCUUAUUAGUCUGGGUGUCUGCAACAUUUUCAGAAUUUAAUAAAAAGGACCAAAUUAAGUUUUCUUAUUUUUUUUUUUUUUAUAAAAUGUAAUUCUAAUCAAGAAAGCAGACAACUAACACCAUUUCCCCCUUUUUUGUUUUGGAGAAGUGAUUGAACUUCAUUCAUAUCUAACAAGAUAAUCAGCAUUUUUUUUUUAAAGGCUCAAACCCCUCUAGAAAUAUGUUGUACCUUUAUGAGUGGCUAUAGAGAUGCUAUGUAUGAAAUAAACAUUUCA